AUGGAUAUCUUGAAGACGAAUCCUCUUUACCUCGGCGGUGCGCUCGUAUGCGUUGCCCUAGCCGCGUACAUUUAUGCCGGGCUCACAAACCCGUUGUCGAAUAUUCCUGGGCCAUGGUAUACCAGGUUCACAACACUGCCAUCGACCUUCAAGGUCAUCACCGCACACCACCCUGAUUGGAUCCACGAUUUACACGCCAAGUAUGGGCCGGUGGUGCGGUACAGUCCAUUCGAGGUCGACAUCUCUGAUCCACAAACAUGUCAGCGAAUUCAUAGUGUCAAAACUGGAUUCUUCAAGUCGCCAUUCUACUCACUCCUGAUCACGGAUUCCUCUAGCGUAUUUAACGAGAUACGUCCAGAGAUCCAUCGCAAGUACAAGCGCCUGCUGUCAAACCCCAUGUCAGAGACGGGCUUGAAGACGUUCCUCCCUCGCAUCGACAGUAAAGUUCGCUUAGCCAUUGAGCGUAUUCGUGAUGAGAACAAGAUUCGAGGUGCAGCCGACAUCGCCAAAUGGUUCAUGUUCCUCUCGUUUGAUGUUAUCGGUGAUCUAGCCUUUGGCGAGUCCUUUGGCAACUUGGAAAGCGGCAAAAAAAACCGAUCUGUCAAUGACUUCGUCAGCCUUGGUUUCGUUGGCGGACUAAGGUCGAUGUUCCCCACAAUCGCCCAAAUCUCCCUCUACCUCCCGAUCCCAGUCUUCAAAGAGGCCACCGCGAUCCAAUACCGCACCUUUGACUACGCCCAAGGCGCCCUAGACCGUCACGCCAAGCGCGUCGAAGAGACCGGCUCAGACCCUCACCCGACAGUCUUUUCCAAGCUCUACAAUGCUGGCGAGGAAGAGACCUGGAACCCGAUCGAGAUCCGCGACAACGCGCAGGUCUUCAUCGUCGGUGGCAGCGACACGACCGCCAACUCGAUGAUCUACCUCGUCUGGGCGGUGUGCAAGAUUCCCGAGAUUAAGGCCAAGCUCAUGAAGGAGCUGGACGCACUCCCGGACAACUAUACCUAUGAUCAAUUAAAAGAGCUCACAUAUGUGAACUGGAUCGUCAACGAGACGCUACGGCUUUACACGGCCCUACCGUGUGGGCUCCCGAGGCUAGUGCCUCCUGGCGGCGCGGAGCUCUCGGGGCAUUUUAUUCCCGAAGGAUUCACCGUUACGACGCAGGCGUACAGUCUUCACCGGGACGAACAUGCGUUCCCCGACCCCUAUCGAUUCUAUCCCGAGAGGUGGGAGAAUACCACGCAGGAGAUGAAGGAUUGCACCAUGCCGUUUGGCGGUGGCGCCCGAAAGCUCCGGCUCAUCACUGCCAGAUUUUUCAAAGCUUUCCCGAAAGCAAUUGUGUCUGAUAUCGAAGGGAUGUGCGACAAGGAUAUGGAGCCAGCGCUGCAUUUCCUAAUGGUCCCCAGCGGUCAUCGAUGCUUAAUAAAGCUCAAUGGAUAG